CUAAUAUGCAUUACUUUAAACCAAUGUAUGUACUAACGUUACCCACAAUAAAUAUUCUUUGAAACGCAUAAUUGAUUACAUCUAUAGCUUUGUGCUCGGACUACGGGAGGAUUGUUUUUCCAUUGCUCAAGACUCUUGUUUGGUCUGGACGCUUGUAUUUCCAGUCUCGUGAUUGGUCAGUUAAAGUUUCCCGGUUAAUGGUCGAGUGGGGCAACGAGGGAGGGUUUCAUCUGAGCCAGAGAAACGAGAUCAUACAAGAGAAAGUGAAACAGACCCAUGAUCGCUCAGGGUCAUCCUCAUCUGUGAUAUUGAAGAACUGCGUAAAAUGGCGAAUAAUGUUGAUGAUGCUCAAGCAGAACUGGACUCGGUGGAGGCAGAGUUGGAGAUGGUGGAACUGCAGAUCUCUGAGCUGCUGGAGAAACAGACGAAGCUGAACUCCCGGAAAAACAAACUCCUGCAAGUCCUGGAGGGAGCCUGCAGCUCGGCGCAGCCCUCUGGAUCCAGCAAACCUCCCAAACCAUCCUUCAGCAAACAGGACCUAAAGCACUAUGAGGAGUCAGGUUUCCCAUGGUCUGAAGAAGUUCAGGCGAAGCUGGCUAGCGUGUUCCAGCUCACCAAAUUUCGCCCCCUGCAACGGACGGCCAUAAAUCUCAGCAUGUCAGGGAAAGACCUUUUCCUGGUAAUGCCCACUGGACGAGGAAAAAGCCUGUGUUACCAACUGCCAGCCCUCUGCUCCAAGGGUUAUACAUUAGUUAUCGCCCCAUUGGUGUCUCUAAUGGAGGAUCAGCUGAUGUAUCUGAAGUCCGUUAAUGUCCCGGCAGUGACUCUCAAUUCUUCCAGUACAAAGGAGGACUCUAAGCGUGUCUUGGCAGGGAUGAUAGAUAAAAACAGCCCCUUCAAGUUGCUCUAUGUAACCCCUGAGAAAAUCGCCAAGAGCAAACUACUGAUGUCCAAACUAGAAAAGGCCUACAACAUGAGUCUGUUGGCACGCAUCGCCGUUGAUGAAGUUCACUGCUGCAGUCAGUGGGGGCAUGACUUCCGGCCAGAUUACAAGCUUCUGGGUAUCCUAAAGCGCCAGUUCCCUAAAGUCCCAUUGGUUGGACUGACUGCCACAGCAACCAGCAGCGUCCUUAAAGAUUGCCAGAAGAUUCUGUGUGUUCAGGAACCCAUCACUCUGACAGCACCGUUCAACAGACCAAACCUUUACUAUGAGGUUCGUUUUAAAGAUAGCGACGACUGUACCGACCAAAUUGCACAGCUGAUUAGAGAAAGAUACAAAAACCAAUCAGGAAUCGUGUAUGUGUUCUCCCAGAAGGAUGCAGAAGCCGUGGCUACAGACCUGCAGAAGAGAAACAUUCUUGCUCAGCCAUACCACGCCAACAUGGAGCCUUCAGACAAGUCUCUGGUGCAUCAGCGGUGGUCCUCCAAGAAGAUCCAGGUGGUCGUUGCCACUGUGGCUUUUGGGAUGGGCAUUGACAAGGCAGAUGUUCGAUUUGUUAUCCAUCACACCAUCAGCAAAUCUAUCGAAAAUUACUAUCAGGAGAGUGGACGUGCAGGCAGGGAUGAUGGCUCGGCAGACUGUAUUGUAUUCUUCGGGUUUGCAGACAUCUUCAGAAUAAGCAGUAUGGUUGUGAUGGAGAACACUGGGCAGCAGAAGCUACAGAAUAUGGUGGCAUAUUGUCAAAAUGUGGACCGGUGUCGGCGUGCUAUGAUGGCUGUUCAUUUUGAUGAAGUUUGGGAUGAUGAUGAGUGCAACCAAAUGUGUGAUGUUUGUCGACAUGGCAAUGAGUACAUCACAAUGGACAUCACCAAACAAGCUCGAGACGUUGUCACCAUAGUAGAAAUGGCCAGCUCUGUGGAUGAAAAGUUGACCCCUCUGAAAGUCUGUGAUGCUUGGUUGGGAAAAGGGCCUGCCAAGCAUCGCAAAACGAUAAAGGUCACGUCACUGUCACGCUUGGAAGUGGAGUCCAUUAUCAUCCACCUUUUGUUGCAUGGCUACUUCAGUGAGGACUUUAGCUUCACUCCCUACACAACCCACUUCUACUUAAAGCUGGGCCGUAAGGCAGCUCUCCUGAAGAAUGAGAAUCACUCCAUCACUAUGAAGAUGAGGAGAAUGAUGUCACACGCUACUUGCCCACGACAGGUAACGAGCUGUUGUGCCGCCCCACAGGUAAAGAAAGUGUCAGAAAGUGCUGGGGAGAAAAGUAGUGCCAAAGUAGAGGGAAAGAGACCAGCUGACAGUGACGGCAAAAAAUCAGUGGCCAAGAAAGUCAAGACUCUUCCCUAGUUCUUAAGGAGAAGAACCAAAAAGUUGAGACACAAGAGCAAGUCGAGACAGCCUUGAUCGAUGUGUCCAACGUGGCCAUUCAGAUGCAUAACAAACCUAAAAUCAGUAAAAAUCAAUGCUUCGGAAGCAACUGUGUAUGUAAAGCCAACUUCAGUAUUUGAGAUUGAUGUUGAGGUCAAUCUUGUAGAAGAACAGAAUUGUUAAAGUGAAGAAGAGAAAGGCCUUAAAAACUACCCUGCACAGCAAUCUUCAUCACUGAAAAGGAGGCAGUAAGAUCCGUUAACUCAGAACUGUGCUGUUAAUGCUGACCAGGCGAAGGCGGAUCUGGUUAGCACACCUUCUGAGAUCUCUAUCAUCUCUGCAGCUGCUGUGGAGGAGCUACACCAUCUGCACAGUUACUAUAGCAAGCAGUUGAGACGAAUCAACUACAUUUCCCAUGAGCACUUGCAAAGCUCCCAGCCUGAGAUGCUGAGAUGUAUAAGAGAGCCCUUCAAAACCCUCCGUUUCCCAUCGAGGACGACCAUAGCCAGAGGUGCCAAGAAUUUAUGGACUCAUGUUAGCAUGAGGAGGAAGCUCAUACAGUGAAUUAUGUUUCCUUUCUGAUCUCUGUUGCAUUUUAUUUUGUAGUUUGAAGAUAAUUUUGGGGGGAAAUAAACUUUAGUUGGUUUUGACAAAAAACACUUCUAGCCAUGUUAUUUAAGUAAUUUUGGAUGAAAAAACAGCCCAUUGUAACUGCUAUAGUGAUAAUUACAAAGACUAAACUUAGUCUCUGAAAGGUGAUAAUUACAAUUUUACCCUUAUAAUUUGCAUAUUUCAAAGAACCAUGAAUGGGGGUUGAAUUUUACUUCAUUAAACUUGAUUGCUUAGGAUUUUAGAGACAAUGUUGCAGUAAUUAAAUAAAUAUAUAUCAAUAGUCUACAUUUUUAUUAGUUUUUUUUAUUUUUUAUUUAGUCAGUCAGCACUUAAUGUUGGGAACAUGGCAAAAUAGUACAUUUAUAUUGCAAACCUUCCUUAAAUGUCACUUGUAUCAUUUUUGACAUAGUAUAUUCAAUUACAUAUGUACAACUGACAAAAGAAAAUAAAUCACAGGAAAAUAUUUUAAACAAA